GACUAGGGGCGCGCGCCGGGGUGCCGUUCUAACCGUCCCGGAGGCUCGCGCCAGUUUUCCUCCUUCCUUGAAAUCAAGGCUGAGGCCUAAUGAGGGGACGCAGCACCAUCUUCGCCAUGCAGUACACGAUAGGAUCGUACCAGACACUAGUGCUGAGGAACCACGGAGCACAACUCAUUCGAAUGAGGAUGGCCAGCGGCUCCGGCUCCAACCAGCCGGAGAGAAAAACCCCAGCAGAAAUGGCCAUCGGUCUUUAUCACAAACUCACAGAAGUGGGGAGAAACCUGGGGCAAAGCAUCUUGCAGAGAGUAGCAGUCACGGCCCAGAAUUGGUGGAACAGGUAUGAAGAGUUCGUUGGACUAAAUGAAGUUCGAGAAGCCCAGGGCAACGUGACCGAGGCGGAGAAAGUGUUCAUGGUAGCUCGUGGGAUUGUCCGAGAAGCUCGGGAAAACCUGGAAGCUCAGCAGAUGAAACUGAAAGAGAUCCGAGAUCGUUUGGAUCGAGUGUCCCGGGAAGACAUCCAGUACCUGGAACUGGCCACCUUAGAGCACCGCCUGCUGCAGGAGGAGAAGAGGCUCCGUGGGGCCUAUGGGAGUGCAGAAGAUGCAGAGCGAGAAAAGUUCUCCCUCUUCUCUGCAGCUGUGAGGGAGAGUCACGAGAAAGAGCGAACCAGAGCGGAAAAAACCAAGAACUGGUCCAUCAUCGGGUCCGUCCUGGGGGCCCUGAUCGGUGUGGCCGGCUCCACUUACGUUAACCGCGUGAGACUGCAGGAGCUGAAGGCCUUGCUCCUGGAGGCCCAGAAGGGUCCCGUGAGCCUGCAGGAGGCUAUCAGGGAGCAGGCCUUCAGCCACCACAGCCAGCAGAAGGAUCUCAACGACCUCAUCGCAGACCUGAGGGGUCUGCUGCAUGCCGGGGCAGGGGUAGUCCCGGAAGCCCAAGCAGGUGUCUCCCCAGCUAGAGAAAGCCCUGCGUCUCCCCGAGACACAGACUCUCUUUCAGCCACUCUGAAAGAGCAGCUCAGCUAUUCCAAGCAGGCCCAUUCAUGCCUAGAGAGUUUACGAGAGCAGCUUAGUGACCUGGAAAAAAAUUUCAGCCAAAUGGCUGCUGAGGUUCAGCUUGUAAAGGCUGCAGCUCAUUCCCCGCUCCUAGAACCGGCGGGGAGAGCCGUGCUGGCCUCCUCUCUGGAGGAGAAGGGAGUGAUCUUAGAGCUGUCAGAUAUGGAACGGAGGCUGGAGGCUCAAGUCAAUAGGAAUUCCAUCUGUAGCACCGUGUUAACUUGCACGGUGUUUGCUGCCACUCUCCCAGUGCUCUACGUCCUGUUCAGAGCCGGCUAGCCGGCAGCAGAUUCAUUGAAUGAGGGAGAGGCUUCUGGCCAGCCGAGGGAGACUCUGGGGUCUGGGUCUGCGGGCUGGGGUGUCUUUGGUUGGUGAGGACAGAGGCGAGGACUCAAGCGCCUUCCGCUGCUUCCUCGCUCUCCCUGGUCACUCACAGAAACUAAAAUGAGGCCGUGAAAAACCAUCCGGCUCCUCCGGGAGGGUGCAGAAUGAACUUGAAAAAUUCCAUCUAUUGUUUCUCACGUUUGCUUGAACUUUGUGCUUCUGUCAUGUGUAGAAUAAGGAGAAAAAAUGACAUUCGGAACCUUGGGUGCCACCCUUGAAGGGUGCUUUUUUUUUUUUCCCCAGUGGUACAAUUAAGGAGUAGGACCUGCAGUCCAGGAGGUUUGUGAAGCCCAAAUGUUACAGGCAGGAAAUUAUGCUAAUCAUUGAAAUCACCAUCCCCAAUCCCCCUGCCAUAUUGGGCUGUCAGAGUCAUUUUCUUCCUGCCGUGGCUUGUCAGUGAAAGGAGAUCUUCACCUGAUGCAUUCAUUGUGUUAGUCCAUGUUGCCUUUCUCAGUUCUCUGUCCACUUUUCUAGCUUGAAUUUUCUUUCUGUUCAUCUCCAGGCGACCCCCAGGCCGCCUGGGAGGAAAAUGGACAGACAGCUCAUCCUCAUGGGGCUCGGGACUGAGGGUGAGAGGAGCCUCUGGCCUGGCCCCAUAGCUCAGGGAGGGUGAGCGAAACUGGUGGUGGUGGUGUCGGUGAUAACCAACAGGGGCCAAGAACUUCUCCUUUCCUCUUCUCCCCACUUCCUUUCCUGCCCUCUUUUCCUUUCGUUUCCCCUUUAGUCCACAUCCCCUUGAUGGUCUACUCCAGUGCUCUGCCCUGUCAAUUCUCCCUAUUCUGCCCUAAGUGUGCCCCCAUGCUCUGCAUGAAAAGUUGGCACCCGCCCUGGGCUGGAAGUCAGGCCUGUUAGGUUCUCUUCUCUGUUCCAAGCCUGACUCAUUAUGGUUAAGCCGUUCCUCCUUGAAUCUGUCUUUCUGCCUGUCCAAUGGAGAGAAGAAUCCCCACUCUCUACUGAUGUGGGUAUUGUCCUAAGAGCUCUGGAGGAGAAG